AUGGCGGACGACGUGGACCAGCAACAAACUACCAAUACCGUGGAGGAGCCCUUGGACCUUAUCAGGCUCAGCCUAGAUGAGAGAAUUUAUGUGAAAAUGAGAAAUGACAGAGAGCUCCGAGGCAGAUUACAUGCAUAUGAUCAACAUUUAAAUAUGAUUUUGGGAGAUGUGGAAGAAACUGUGACCACUAUAGAAAUCGAUGAAGAGACCUACGAGGAGAUCUACAAAUCAACGAAACGGAACAUCCCGAUGCUGUUCGUCCGGGGAGACGGCGUGGUCCUCAUCGCACCCCCGCUGAGAGUCGGCUGAGAGGGGCCGUCGGAGACCCUCCGAAGAAAAGCUGGUGUCCAUUUUGGUACUAAGAAACCACCAAGG